CCGGGGAAACAGAAAGAUCUAUGGCUCACCCGCGGCCAUGAAAUCAAGAGCACUGAAGCCCUCAGUCUAUUUUCAGUCUGGUUCUUGCCUGGCUUCAGAAUUCCUGAGAAGCUCUGGAAUGUGCUCCAAAGGGCUGAAGUUGUGUCUGGCUCUGGAACUUCUACUGCUGCCUCUUUGUUUCUUGGAGACUAAUGUUCAAGGUUAUUCAGCAGUCUCUGGCAGCAAUGUGACUCUUCCAAUCUGCAAUUUGCCUAACAACUCAAGUCUCACGUUGUUUUACAAUCCCAACAAGAAGAUUUUAGAAUGGGAGUCCAGCAAGCCUAGUCCCAACUUCUUCAAAACUACAUUUAAGGACAGAGUCAGACUUGAUCGUAAAAAUGGCAAGCUCUACAUCUAUAAGGUCCAGAAAAACGAUACAAGCACCUACCUCCUGAAGGUGGAGAUGAACAAUGGGACGGAAAAGGAAUGCAAGAUCCCACUGGAAGUGUUUGAUCCUGUACCUAAACCUGUCAUAAGGAAUGAGAAAACACAGAGAGUGAACGACACCUGUUUUCUGAUCCUGAGAUGUGUGAUCCCAGAUAAUACAUCCAUCCAAUACUUCUGGUAUAAUUCCUCAGGGCCUUUCUCAGAAGAGCCCCAGAGUGAUGUGCUUAACAUCUCCUUUAAGCUACAAGACUACUCCAAGUUUUACACAUGCCAAGUCAGCAACUCCGUGAGCAGUAGCAAUGACACAUUCUCCUUUCCUUCAGACUGUACAUCGGCACGAUCUUCUGGAGUAGCUUGGAUUGCAGCAUGGCUAGUGGUCAUGAUACCCACCAUUCUUGGCCACCUACUGACCUGAAGCAAGCUUUCCUAAUCCUGAAACUUGAAGACUGAAAGGUCUUACUUCUAUCAGCAACCAUGCUCUUAACCUGGAAGAAGCGCUGGCUCUAUGGGAUAGAGAAAGUGUGCUGAGGCAUGUAUAAAGAUUUUCAAAUUAGCUUUUAAAAAUCAUGGCUACAGUAUGGUGAUCAUCAGAAAAAAAUGGGGGCAGGGGAGAAGAGUGUAAAAGGAGAUAAAUGAGAGACUUGACUGGGGGUGGUGAACAUACAAUAAAAUAUACAGAUGAUGUAAUAUAGAAUUGUGCACUUGCAACCUAUAUAAUUUUAUUAACUAAUGUCACCCAAUAAAUUCAAUUAAAAAUAAAUAAUAAAUAAAAGAAAAAAAAAGUUGAAUGUCACAAUUCAGGUUUGCAGACCUUCCAUAACUGUAGGUUGAAAUAGUAUAUUUACAUCUGUAUAUUAAAGAGUAACUUAAUAAUUAAUGGAUAAUGUAGCCAUAAUAUGCUAUUUAGACAAAUGCUGGGUGGGGAUAAUCUCUUUUCUCAAAUAUGUAAGAUUUUCUUUAUGACAUGCCAUUCUAAAUCUCAAUUUAGAAUAAUUAUUAAAAAUAUUAUAAAUCAACUUGCAAAAAUAAAACUCUUAAGCAUGAAAAUAAAAAUAAAAA